AGCAUAAACAUUUGCGUAUCUUUGUACUUUAAUUGGCUUGUUACUUACCUAGCUAUAACGCAAAAUGGCGAUGAAUGUUGAGAUUAUCUCCAGGGAGAUUGUUAAGCCUUCAUCUCCAACACCCCAUCACCUUAGGAACUUCAGGCUUUCCUUCUUAGACCAAAUUGCACCACCUUUCUAUACUGCAAUCAUUUUCUUCUAUGAUACUAACCAAGACCGCCUAAAUAGUGAUCAGCUCGAAAGAUCAUCUUCCCUAAAAAAGUCUUUAGCUGAAACCUUAACCCGUUUUUAUCCCUUGGCUGGAACACUUAUGUAUGAAGAUUUGUCCAUCAUCUGUAACGACGAGGGCGUUGACUAUAUUCAAGCUCGAGCCCCAUGCAAGCUAUCAGAAGUGGUAGAGAAACCGAGUGGGAAGGUACUGAUACCAUUGCUCCCAUUUGACCCAUAUAGUAAUUUCACUGAGGUUGGAAAGAAAGUUCUCCUAGCUGUCCAAUAUAACAAUUUUGAUUGUGGUGGAGUAGCAGUUGGCGUGAUCUUUUCACAUAGGAUUGUUGAUGGAACAUCGGUUGCAGCAUUUAUCAAUGCAUGGGCUGGCACAUCCCGUGGAGCUACUGAAAUUAUAAACCCUACUUUUGAUGCAGCCGUCCAUUUUCCUCCGAGAGAGAUAUCUGGUUUCAUGAUGGCUCAAACAAACACAAAAGAGAAGAUUGUGACUAGAAGAUUUGUGUUCGACAAAUCGAGCAUAGAUUCCCUAAAAAAAGAAGCCUCUGUUGCAUUUGGUCCAGAAGACAGGGCCCCAUCACGCGUGGAGGCUGUUUCAACAUUCAUAUGGAGGCGUUUCAUAGCGAUAGCUCGCGCAAAUCCGGCAAAAAAAACAAAGAUAUUCGGAGCAGUUCAUGCAGUGAACUUGCGGGAGAGGAUGGUCCCAAAACUUCCGGCGCAUUCCAUUGGGAAUCUUUGGUCGGUGGCGAUGACAGCAUCGCCGGUUGAGGUUGAGAAAGAUUAUCCAUCUCUGUUGAGGCAGGUUAGAUAUGCAAUCAUGGAAGUUAAUGGUGAUUACGUGAAGAAACUCCAAGAUGGCCGGUUGGAUUUCAUGAAGAAGGCAUCGGAAAAGCAGACAAAGGGUGAGAUAGAAUUCUGUAACUUUACUAGUUGGUGCAGGUUUCCAGUGUAUGAAGCGGAUUUUGGGUGGGGGAAGCCCACGUGGGUGUGUAGUCCCAGCAGGCCAUGGAAGAAUGUGGUGGUGAUGAUGAGUACUAAAGAUGGCGAUGGAAUAGAGGCGUGGGUAAACAUGAAGGAAGAAGACAUGGCCAUGUUUGAACAUGAUCCGGAGCUGCUCUCAUUUGCUACAUCAGCUGUUGGUGAAUGAAUUUUCGUUAAGUUCAAGCUAAUCAAUCUGGAGUUGUGCUUGUUAAUUCUAUUUUUGGUUUUAUUAAUUAUAUGUCUGUGAAAAUAAGAAGGAUGAUAUGAUCAGAUCUAUCAUCUCCAUAUUUGCCUUUGCAUACAAGUGUACGGUCAUAUAUAUCCAUCAGUUAUUAUUGGGUUGCAAGUGUAAUCUGGUGUUCAAACAAAGAGUAACCACAACUACCAAAUUAAAUUCUAUAUCCAUAUAUUAAUUUCA